GAAGAAUUUAUCGUUUUCAAAUCUCAAGGAGACUUUAUUUGUUGUCCCGACCGAGCAGAAUGGGAAAAUGAAAAUCUAGAAAUCUCAAAUCUCCCCGACAAAGUCGACAAAAAGGGUGGCAGACUAAACAGCCAUGAAGAAGACAUAGAACACAGUCCUUCAGAUGACGACGACGAUGAAGACGAUUUUGAUAACAGUGAUGAAUACGAACGACAAAGUUGGUCACAUAGCCCUUAUAAUCAAAUGCCCAAUGGUGUUUAUAGACCUACCAGACCUCACAACUAUGAACGCCCAAACUUUAACCGCAAUUAUAACCACCCUGGUGGCCAUCCUAACUCACAUUCUUCUUUAAUCAAGCCCCCUAUUAAUAAUCCUAACUUCAACACCAAUGGUAAUUAUGGUAUCAAUAGGCCAAAUAUCCAUGAACCCAAUUAUGACAAUCGUCCGAAUUUCAACCACGGUUUAAAUACCGACUAUAAUCCUAAUCCUAAUUAUAAUGUUCCAAAUGGCAAUUAUCCUAACUAUGCACGACCAAGUGGCAAUAUUUAUGGAAACCAAUUAAACAAUAACGGUGGAGUAGGUGUUGAUCAAUGUUCCAGUCUGACGAGCGUCCUUCCUUCGCCACAGACAGGUUGUUGCGGUCGUGAGGCUACAAAUGAUAGAAACUUUGGUGCACAAAACGGUUAUAUGAACAGACCACCAAACUUCAAUCAAUGGGCACCUCCAUAUUCAUCAUAUCCUGGUCGCUAUACACGUGACACUGAUACUUCUGUACCAGAUAUUACUUUGGACAACCGCAUCGCUGGUGGAAAAGAAACAAGCCUAACACAAUUCCCUUGGACGGUAUUCCUAAAAACAACCUUCGACUACGGUACAAAGAAAGCAUCGUUCAACUGUGGAGGUUCUUUGAUCAGUGCCCGUUAUGUAUUAACUGCUGCUCACUGUAUAGAUGAAGAAAAUGCCAGAGUUAGCAAUAUUGACAUCAACUUAGCCGAGUAUGACAAGCGUACGUUCCCUAGAGAUUGCGUGAACGUUCCGGGUGAAGGCCGUAAAUGUAUAGACAACGUAGUCAUGGAGGCUGAAAAUAUCAUUGUAUAUCCGCAGUACGAUAGUGUCAGGCUACAAAACGAUAUUGCAUUGAUUAAACUUCGUGGCAACGCACCUUACACGGAAUAUAUUCGUCCUAUUUGCUUACCACCGAUCAACGUGGACAAUCCUCAAUACUCCGACUUACGUUUAGCAGUAGCCGGUUGGGGUCGAAAUGGCACUGUCAGCUCCCCGGUGAAACAAUCGACAGUUGUCAACUUAGUACCUCAACGACAAUGCGCAGAGUCCUACCCACAUUUGACACAGAAACACUUGUGCGCUGCCGGUCACAGUGGCGAAGACACUUGUAAAGGAGAUUCGGGAGGUCCACUCAUGAUGCUUUACGAGGGACAGUAUUACAUUUCUGGCGUAGUCAGUGGCAAGAGAGCAGACUCGCCAUGCGGUACCAAUGUACCCUCACUUUAUACUAACGUGUAUCAUUAUAUAGACUGGAUUAAAAUUACACUCAAACUCACGAGAGAAAUAAAUGUA